AUUUUUUAGAAACAUAAAUGCUGAAAAAUAAAGUGAAAGACAUGUAAAGAUUGAGUUAGAGAAGAAGAGUCCCAAUCAGUUUCACAUUCUUUCAAACAAACAAAUUCUUGAGUCCAAUUUGUCAACUAAUUGUAGGUAAGAAUAAGAUCUCGUGUGAAGUCUUUUCUUUGCUUCCUUGUUGAAUCUUCGUUGAUACACAUUAGAUGAGGAGAUGGGCAAAGCUUCAGUGAUUAUCUACAUUACGGUUGCUGUACUCCUCCUACUCUUCCUCUCCCAGUCUCCUUCUUCCAACAAAGCUAAGCGUACCCGCCAUGGUCAUCGCCGACUCAAACUACGCUCCAACUUCACUUUUGACCCUUCACAUUCACAUGAACGCAUUCCCUUUGACCCAUUAGUUGCUAAAAUAGAGCGCCAACGUGAGGAUAAAGAAUGGGAGAAGCAAUACAUUGACAGCCAUCAUCCUGAAUUAGUACACGAACAUGCUCCUGCUCAAGAAUCACAGCCUGAAUGGGAAGACUUUAUGGACGCUGAAGAUUAUUUGAAUGAUGAAGAUAAGUUCAAUGUGACUGAUAGGCUUGUAUUGUUGUUCCCAAAGAUUGAUGUGGAUCCAUCUGAUGGUUUUGUGAGUGAGCAUGAGUUGACUGAGUGGAAUCUAGAGCAGAGUAGGAAGGAGGUCUUGCAUAGGACUCAAAGAGAUAUGGAAGUUCAUGACAAGAAUCAUGAUGCUUUUGUCUCUUUCCAUGAAUAUGAGCCUCCCAGUUGGGUUCGCAAUUCAGAUAAUAGUUCUUUUGGAUAUGAUAUGGGCUGGUGGAAAGAAGAUCAUUUUAAUGCAUCAGAUAUAGAUGGAGAUGGGCUUCUAAACGUUACUGAGUUCAAUGAUUUUCUACAUCCCGCUGAUACCGGCAACCCCAAACUACUCCACUGGCUGUGCAAGGAGGAAAUCAGGGAGAGAGACAGUGACAAAGAUGGUAAGGUUAACUUCAAAGAGUUCUUUCACGGGCUGUUUGACUUAGUAAGAAACUAUGACGAGGAGAGUCAUGAUACUUCUCAUCAUUCUGAGGAUUCACGAGACUCUCCGGCUAGAAAGUUGUUUGCUGAGCUUGAUAAAGAUGGGGAUGGAUAUUUGUCAGACACUGAAUUGCUACCUAUAAUUGGAAAGCUUCAUCCAUCAGAGCGUUACUAUGCCAAACAACAGGCAGAUUACAUCAUACAACAGGCUGAUGCAGAUAAAGAUGGAAGGCUUACUCUGAAAGAAAUGAUUGAUAGCCCAUAUGUGUUCUAUAGUGCAAUAUUCAACGAGGAUGAUGAAGACUAUGAAUCCCAUGAUGAGUUCCGUUAGUUCAGGGUAGGUAAGGAUGGAUUUUCUACUUUCUAUCCUUUCCUCUAUUCUUUUCCUUCUUUUCCAUGGCGACCUUUGUUUCUUCGGACCCCCUAGUCUGCUACUAAUUUAAGAGCAUUUGUCUUCAUAUGAGUUUAUUUCCUCAGAGCUAGAUAAGGAUGGCUUUAUACUUUAAUAUGUUGGGAGGAUGGCUUUUGUACUUUCUAUUAGUUUAAGCUUUCAAGUGAGGCAAUGUGCAGUCGAUCCAUUUUUCAGAUGUACAUGUAAACAACUUGUUUUAAUAACACCAAUACUUCUUUCAAAA